CAUCAGAAGAAAAUCACCGAGCAACACUCUUAGUGUUCGGCAAUACAGCAACACAGUACACAGAGCUGAAAAGAGAUACGACAAUCUAAUUAACUUCUUUGUAGCUUGAGAACUCCAAGUGCUGCAAAGAACAUUUUUAUACAUAAAUGACUGUACGGGCAUGGCUUUGCAGUGACUUCCUAUUGUGCUGAGUUCUGAAGAGCUUUGACGGAAUUGGAGAGCGCAAUGGGAAACACUAUGAAAACACCGAGAGCCUCCGCAGAAGGAGGAGAAGAAACAAAUGGGGCAAGCCAGAUGGGUCAAGAGAGUGAUUUCCUUGCUGUCCUCUAUGACUAUCCCUCAGCAGACAUAAGCCAACCUAUAUUUCAUGUAGGAGAAAAACUACGUGUGCUAUCAGAUGAAGGAGGUUGGUGGAGAGUCCAUUCCCUUACAACAGGACGAGAAAAUUAUAUUCCAGGGAAAUAUGUAGCAAAGGUUUAUCAUGGCUGGCUAUUUGAAGGGCUGGGAAGAGAGAAAGCAGAAGAACUUCUACAGCUCCCCAACACCAAGGUCGGCUCCUUCAUGAUCAGAGAGAGUGAGACUAGGAAAGGAUUAUAUUCCUUGUCAGUGCGGCACAGGGAGGUGAAACAUUACAGGAUCUUCCGCCUUCCAAAUAACUGGUAUUACAUCUCUCCACGGCAAACCUUUCAGUGCCUCGAAGACCUUGUGAAUCACUACUCAGAAGUUGCUGAUGGUCUCUGCUGUGUCCUUACAACACCCUGCCUUACCCAGUGCACUAACAACCACAGCGUAAUGAAUCAAGUUCCACCUGUGGUGAUGCGGAAUAAAAACUUCAACUGGAGAAGCAUUCACAGGCUGGAGAUGACUGGAGAUACGGAAGGCACACUGGCAGCAAUAGAUGAUUCCUGUCUUAGCUAUGGCCUGAGGGAAAGCAUUGCUUCCUACCUUUCCUUGACAGGGGAUGACAGCUCUUCUUUUGUGAGUGCCAGAAAGAAGAAAGCACAGUCUCUUAUAUACACAGGGAGCAAGCAUAAGAGUACCCUUCACUUGCCACCUACAUAUUAUGAAGACUGACCCCUGAGACAACAAGAGGGAAAAUGGAAGCUGAGUGCUUAGAAAAAAAUAACAGAGCACCCUGUGGUCCUGCAGUACUUCAACAGCUGAGAGAUAAUGCACACCAGCUGGUGAUGAAACUCUGACUGUGCUUCUGCAUUUCCUCAUCUGAAGGUUAACCACAGACCUUUGUGAGGGUACUAUCUCAUGCCAUAUUCUGGAAUUGUGCUGUGUGCACCUGAAAUUAGAAACUGCUCACUAACAAGAUAAACUGAGGCACUCUAAGCCAAAAAUCAAGUGAGGCAGAGGAUUCUUCAGUAAGGAUGAUGCCCACUAUUAUACAAAGGCGACUGGAUACGAAAAGGCUAACUACAGCUUGAGACUGUAAAUUAAAAUCUUAAUCUAGUACUCUCCACAAGGCUGAAAAUCAUGUUUACAGAUUCUGCCUACUCUGAGAGAAAGAGCCUUUUUUCUUCUCCAUACAUACUCAUAAUUAUCAGUGAGUUGGAAAGCCUCCAAGAAAAUAUCAAGUAAUUGUCAUCCAAGAUACACCUCAUUAUAUUGACUGUACACAUCUGUUAAUUCUACCUUUGGGAAAAAAAAAAA